AUGGGGCUAGGCAGGUCUUCAAAAACGGCUGGUAGAGUGAUAGCAGGUGCAGAGACAGAAGGUGACGGAGCUAGAGUAGUAGUAGUAGAAGAACAAGAAGUCGAAGUAACUGUAGCAGGCGAUGGUCGAGGAGCAGUAAAAGUAGAAAAGCCAGAGAUCAAUGAUAAACCAGAAAAUGGAUCACCAACAUUCAGAAGCAUCUCUGUUCCAAGUGACAAUUGCAAAGCAGUUUCCAUACGCAAGUUUCCAACAAAACUCGUUCCUUUAAACCCUGAAGAACUUUCUGUUUUUAAAAAGAAUUUAAGGGCCGAAGAGGAGAAAGAUUGUAUAAACAAGUCCCAGUCAUUUGAUCUCGCCAGAGGCUUGAAUCAGUAUUUUAGCACAUUAGUUAUCAAAGAGAUGGUAUAUACUGAUACAGGAAAAUAUACAUGCUAUUAUGAAGGUACAAUUUCACCUGGAAAUAGCAGAGAAAACAGUACUUCCUUAUACGUGUUUGUGAAUGACGACUCUCAUAUAUUUUUGCCGCAUGACCAAAAUUAUAUUAUGCUUGUUUCUCCACCUAAGCCUUUAAAACUUUCUUGUCUACCUACCAAUUCUAAGGCAAAUAUUACCCUUGUAAAGAUUGGUAAUGGAGGUAAUGAAAUAAUUCCAACUGGAGAGGAAGUUUAUUUUGAUCCAACCCAAGGAUUUACUGUUAAUCACCCAACUACUAAUUAUGAUGGAAGUUUUGCCUGUUUUGGUCAACUAGGCAAUUUCAAUGAAAGCUUUCACUUACAUCUUAUAUACAUGCCAUCUACCACCACUAUACUUCAACCAGAAAUUGAUAGCUCAAUGGCCAGACAACCAGUAGUCAAUGGCACAUUUAAUUUAACCUGCUUGGUGAAAGUGGACCCAGAAACUUUGGUACUAAUGAAGUGGGACUAUCCUAAUAAAAGUAAAAACGAUUCAAGAAUAAUUGAAUCAAACCCUACAGCCUCACUGAAGACAUUUAAGGGCAGCGUAUAUAAAGUUGUCAAAUCGAAAUUGAUUGUUACAUCUGUUCGUCAUAGUGAUGAGGGAGACUAUAUCUGUACUGUCAUUGACCAUUCACAAACUUCUAAUUCCUAUAAAGUUGCAAUAAACAUCUAUGCAAAGGCUGUCACCAAAAUUAUGAACCAGAAAGACUUUUACAUGUUGCAGAAGCAUUACAGACUGACAUGUAUGGUGAUUGGAUACCCAAUCCCACAGGUUAGCUGGUUAUGGAAAAUCUGCAGUGACCUGAAUAAUUGUGACCCUGGAAGCAUCUAUGGUUGGAUAGCCGUUAAUGUUUCUGACACAAGUUCUCUGCCAAAUAUCUAUGAUAUAAAAAGAACUGUGGAAGAUACAGACGUAAUUAUGUUACAUUUAGAUGUGGUUGCUAAUGUAUCUGGUUAUUACAAAUGCUUAGGAAGAAAUUAUCUUGGACAGGAUAAAUAUAUUUCUCGAUUUAUUGUAUCUGAUGCCAGAAAUGGAUUUGAAACUAUAGCAGUACCAUCCAAGCCUGUUGAAAAAGAUGAAGUUAAUCUUACUUGUCGUACUAACGUUUUCAAGUAUACCAACUUAACUUGGAUGUGGUACUCUAUGUAUGAAGAUUCAAAUGAUUCUCUUCAUAUUACCAAUCAAACAGGUAUUUCACAGGAUUUUGUUAGCAAUCCAUAUUCUCUUUCCCUAACUUUGGUCUUCCAUAAUAUCAGCAUAAACAACAGUGGAAUCUAUGAAUGUUUGGCAUGGCACAACAACACUCCAGAAAUAAAAGAAAACCAAAUUAUAAACAUAACAGUUAGAGCUGGUGGAGCAUUUAAGCUUCCAAAAAGUAGCACACAGAUAGAACUGGAAACUAUGAAACAACCUCCCCUCAAUAUUGCUGAAAGAAAUGAACCACGAAUAUAUAGUACUAGCAACAUAACAUGUGGAAAUGACUUGCAGGCAAAACAAAAAAGGGAGAUGGAUUUCUUUAGUUAUGCCCAAUUUGAGCAUGGACAGUUGCAUAUGUUCAACCCUGACUUGCCUUUGGAUGAGCAGAUAGAGCUUCUGCCAUAUGACAAUCAUUGGGAAUUUCCAAAAGAAAACUUGAAACUAGGCAAAACAUUAGGCCAAGGAGCCUUUGGAAGAGUGGUGAAGGCAGAAGCUUUUGGUUUAGAAGAUGCUGAAACAACAACAGUUGUUGCAGUUAAGAUGCUUAAAGAGCAUGCGGAUCAAGAACAGAAGAAAGCCUUGAUGGCAGAAUUAAAGAUUUUAAUUCACUUGGGGCAUCAUUUGAAUAUAGUUAAUGUGCUGGGUGCUGUUACUCGCAAUGCUACUAAAGGAGAGCUUAUGGUAAUAGUAGAGUAUUGUUGCUAUGGCAACAUUCGUCACUAUCUCCUUCAAAAUCGAGAAAAUUUCAUAAGUCAACUUAAUCCCAAGACUGGAAAGAUUGAUCCAAAUAUCUGUACUCUGCCUGGGUCAGAUCGAGUGAUGAACAAAAAGGAAGAAUCCAUAAAAUAUGUGGAACUCACACAUGAUCAAACUACAAGAUCAACCUCAAACAGUACAGGAAGAGGAGUAAAAGAUUCAGAGUCGACUGAGUUCACUGACGUGAGUAGUAGAAGUUCAACUGUUAAUUCAGGAUAUUUUAACAGAGCAUCUGUUAAGAAAAAAGAUGAUACUUCAAAUGAGGCUGUGUCAACUUGUGACUUGCUAUGUUGGGCUUUUCAAGUUUCUCGAGGAAUGGAAUACUUGGAGUCCAGAAAGCUUAUUCAUCGAGACUUGGCAGCCAGAAAUGUCCUGUUAUCAGAAGAUAAUAUUGUGAAGAUAUGCGAUUUUGGCCUUGCAAAAGAUUGUUAUAAAUACUCCAAUUAUGUCAAGAAAGGAGAUGGUCCCCUGCCAGUCAAGUGGAUGGCCAUUGAGUCAAUAAGAGAUAAAGUCUUUACCAUUCAGAGUGAUGUUUGGUCCUUUGGAGUUUUGAUGUGGGAGUUCUUUACCCUUGGGAGUAAUCCAUAUCCAGGGAUUGAUGUUGAUGAAGAAUUCUAUAAGAAACUAAAAAAUGGGUACAGAAUGGAAAAACCAGAACUGUGUCCUGAUGAUGUGUAUAACAUAAUGCAGGACUGUUGGAAGGAAGAACCUGCAGAGCGUCCAGACUUCACUGCUUUAGUUGAUAAACUUGGAAACCUUUUGGAAAGCAGUGUACGAAAGUACUAUGUUGAACUGAACAACCCUUAUAUGAUGAUGAAUGAAACUUCUCAGAAUAAUAAUGAUUACCUAACAAUGGAAGGAACAAAUACAGACUACACUAACAUGAGACAAAAUGAUCAGCUUGCUUCCAAAGAACCUGAAGCCAGGUUAUCAGAUCCUUGGAACUAUUAUGACAACAUCAGCACAUGUCGACCAGUUGGAGAUGGUCCAGCUCCAAAAGAACCCAUGGAAGUUGUUCCCAUGAUCCAGUUAGAAUCUGUUGGAGACACAUGGCAUGAUAGAAUGGCAUGUAUUCCUAAGGACAAUCCUGAGGAAAUGGCCCUAAAUGAAAGCAACAGUCCUGAUUAUAUGUUUAUGGGAGGAACAAACAGUGAUAACCAAAAAGUCACCAAGAAGAAAAAGCUUAAUGAUUCUGUGUUUACUGAUCCAGAGGAUGAGACACAUUCUGGUUCUAUUAACGUGGCUCAUCCUUCCUACAGUCUUGUAGUUGUAGACUCUCCAUCUGGAUAAAAUGUGUGAAGAGCAA